AUGGUGACAUCCAAUGAUCUAGCGGAUGGGCGUGGAAGCUGGAACUCGUCCUCUGUAAUUGGUGGAAUCACUACUAACGAUUCAGAUGUGACAAAUUGGCUUGCAGGUCUCACACCGGUAACGGUAAACAGAUGCGUUGAAGGUUUUGCGCAGGAUGAACAAAAUGGCAAGGUUGACCAAUUUCCGCCAAUUAUAGCCACUUUCACAUCUAAAAAUGACAUUCCCAGUCCAUUCAUUCCACCUAAUGGCAAAUACAAGCAAGGGGAUCUUCUACUAUUCUCCCUUAACCCAGAUGAAAUUGUACAGAGGCUCAGGAAGAAAGUUUAUCAGAAAGUAAAUAUUGUAAUGCAAGAACUGAUCUCUGAUUUGGAAUCUCUAGGAGCUACUAAAAGCCAAAUCAUGAACCGUCUUUAUCAAACGAGCUGGUUUUCUGCGUUGUUUGACUACGAUUCCAUUGGGAAAUUGUUAAAUGUAUUCCAGAUAUACGCCAAUCGCUCAAAUGCAUUAGUCAUGCCUGUGGCAUAUAAAACACUGUUUGACUCUCUACAGGCAAGCGAAAUGAAACCUAUAGAAGAAAUUACAAGUGCAAACAUAGAUUUAAAUAGUUUCCUUAGUGAAUUGGUGACAAAAAGAGAUCUGCUAGUCAAAAGGUUGUAUUCGCAUAGGCUGGAGAUUCAGGAAUUACAAGAUAGAGUAUCGCAAUCAAAAAUGAAGCUGGAACAAAAGGCUAGAAUGAUUCUAAUCAAAUGUGACGAGCUGGAGGCGAUGCAUGGGAGGGAUGAUUUGCAUUUGAACAAUAUUUUGGAUAAAUACAAACAUCCAGAUUGUUCUCUGCCACUUAGCGAUCAAUUUGACAAAUUGGAGUCACUAAUUAAAUCUUUAAAUGACUAUAAUCAUUGA